AAAGUGCAGUGCCUAUCGUGGAGUGCCUGACUGGCUUAGGCCAUAAUAAUGGCUGCUGUUUAUUCGGCAAACGAGGGUAGUUUGCAAUCGAAAAAUGAAAGUUUGUCCUCUGAAUAUAAGGAAGGUGGGGCCCAAGAGGUAAGCAUCGAUCCAGUGAGCAAAUACAAAGCCUUUAACGAUGAAAACAGCGGCGGGGAACUGGAAAUGAGUCCCAGUGGCCCUGUAUUGAAAACCCAGGACCACGCCGAAGAUGUUGUAACCAAUGCUGCAGUUCCACGCGUAAACAUUAAAUUAGAACAAGGGGAGGAAGACGAAUGUGUAGCUGUACAUUUGGUCGAGGUCGGGGAAGGAGAUUUGGAUGACAAGGCAACCAGUAUAGGAGAGUCGUCUGAGAGAGAUGAAAGUGCCGAUGGGGAUGUGCCAUUUCAGUGUGAGGAUUGCAGUGAGGCCUUUGGAGACAAGGAAGCUUUCCUAGAGCAUCGUAGUGAGCAUAUCCAUGAUGGUCCCAUAGUCUGCCUGGACACGGAUUCACAGUGGGAUGACCUGCUUGUGUCAACAGAUGGAGGCCAUAAAACAUUGUUCUGUGCUCUUUGUGGAGAAAAGUUUUCAAGCUCAAAAGAGUUUUUUGCCCAUCAACUUAAGCACCGUAAUCAAGGGAUUAAACAGGGGAUAAAUGCUGGCUUGGGACUGGGUGUGGUAAAACAGAAGCUUUUUGAGUGCAAGGAUUGUGGUAAAGCUUUUGCCUCUGUUGGUCAGUGUCUCAACCAUCAGCGUUCUCAUAAACAGGCCUCAAAGUCAGUUUUUCAUCAGCUUGCGCAUCUAAAGAAAAAAUCAUUUCAGUGUCCCAUCUGUGGACGCAGUUAUUCUCGAGCUUCAGCUCUUGAUGCACACCGCCGUUGCCAUGAGGUAAAGCUGGUAAAAUCCAAAACCUGUGAAACUGAGAAGUCUCUGACACUUAAUGAAGCUCCAGGUCUGACUGAAGACAAUGGCACAAGCUCUGAACACACUGAGAAUCAUCAGCAAAAGAUUAUUCUGUGCUUUUGUGGCAAAUCUUAUCGCUCCUUGGCUGGUCUUGCAACACACCAGAGAUUCUCAACCAGCUGUUCAGAAGGGAAGGUGAAGGAGGAAAUUAAACAUCCAUUUGAGUGUACUGAAUGUGGGAAGACCUUUGUUAGCUCUAUGGCUCUGUUGUGCCAUCAGCGUUGGCAUAAAAGACGAGCACAACAGGUCUCCAAUGGCCAGCCAUAUAAAUGUAAAGAGUGCGGCAAGGGGUUCACCUUACUCACGUUCUACAAUAAGCACCAGCGAUUAGCUCACAGUGAAGAGCUGGCAGCAAAAUCAUUCCUUAAUGAAGUUUAUCAGCUGAAGAAGAAGGCUUUUGAAUGUCAGGAUUGUGGACGUCGGUUUUCACGAGCAUCUGCUCUGCAGUCACACCAGCUCUGUCAUACGGAUAUUUUUCGUGACAUCAUGGAGAAGGACUCUAAAACAAGUACUGCCACGCAAACAGUAAAAAAAUACAGGAAUGCCAGAGACAUGGAUGAUGAUGUUGCUUUUGUGCCCACAAUGUUCUCUCAGAACAUUCAAGUUCAAGAGAGAGAUUUUAACUGCAGUGACACACACAACACAGUAGAAGAGCCAGAUGUAAUGGAUAUGGAUUAUGAAGUUAUCCGCAUCACAGCAUCAGAUGAUUAUGAGAGCAGUAGUAGUCUCCCCCAGGAUCAAAAUCCUGAUCUGGAGUUAGUGUGUGAAUCAGACCAAGAGGAAAAUGAUGACUUGGACAACAGCUUGAGUCUGACAGCUGAAUCCACAUCCUCCCUGCAGGUGAAUCCAGAGGUUGAUGUCAAAAUUGUACAGAUUGAUUAUGAGCAUUUAAAUGAUGAAAGAUUAAUAAAUGCAAAAAUAAUGAGCAAAAGCCAUCCUGAAGAGCCUAUCAAGUAUAAUUGUCCACAUUGUGAACAAACGUUUGCAACGGCUUUGUCCUUGCGUCAUCACAUGCAUUGGCACAGAGAAGACAUGGAGAAAAAUUUAGAUGAGAGGCAUAAGUGUCAAAUAUUGACACCAACUAAUAAAGCACUUAUACAAUGCGAGGUUUGUGGCCAUGAAAGUGAUUCCAAGAGUGCUUCUUACUUUCACUUGCAAAAACAUGAGAACAAAGUACCUUACAAGUCUAUUUCGUUCCAGGUUGCAAAUUUGCAGAAGAACAAUAUUAAAUGCGAGGAGUGUGGAAUGUGUUUUUCUCGACUGUCUGCAUUGCAUUCUCACCAACAGAAUCACUCAAAAAAGCCCUUUGUGUGCUUGCAAUGUGACAGGAGCUAUACAACCACAAGGGGUCUGUACUACCAUCGAAAGUGUUGCAAUGGCAGCAAACUCAGCUUUAACAAUGACAAAGAUGAAAAGGCAAAGCAUUUCAAUCCAACCAAGUCGCUUUUGGGCCCAAAGGUUCAUCAUUGUAAAAAAUGUAGUAAAGGUUUUUGGUCUUUAGGUGCUUACUAUCAUCACAAGCAAAACCACUCGCAGUGCACAAAUGUUGAGGCGGCAAAGCCUGCAGCUAUAUCAAACCUUGAGAUUGUUCACGUGCAACGUAAGAAAAGGGGUCGAAGGGGUGGUCAGAAAAAAGAACACCCUGUGUUCAGAACACCCUCUGAUUCAAAAAAGAAACAUAAAUGUGAGGUAUGUGGCAAAUCAUACCACAUGCUAGCUUGUUUUCUUAAGCACCAGCUUUCCCAUGAUCGCCAACCCCCUGUCAAAUCUUUUGACCAUCAAGUUGAACAAUUGAAAAAAAACUCGUACCAAUGUCCUGACUGUGGGAAAGUUUUCUCACGUGCCAUGGCCCUCCAGUUUCACAUGAAAAGCCAUGGUUUUGAGACGGGCCUUCCUGUGACAGAAUCCUCUAAUUUGCCACCAAGUUCCCAAUGCCGGACAUGCCAAGCUGAUUUCACAUACGAGUCAGAGCUACGAAAUCAUAAGAAGCACUGUUCAAAACCAAAGGACAAUGUGAAAUAUACACAAAAAAGUGAGAAAAUGGUUAUAAAGGAGCAAGAUGCAUCCUCCCAAGACGUUGAAGAUGUAUUAGUAUGUGACACAUCCCAUUCAACACAUUCUACAAAUGAACAGAAACCAUGUUUAGAUUCUGGUUUGAAAUUCAAAUGUCAGGACUGUAGCAGAAGCUUUUCAGUAAUUGGGGCUCUUAAUUUUCAUAAGCGAAUUCAUCGCAUAGGUUAUGUAUCUAAAAAAAUGUUGAGAGCUGAACAGGCAAACCGGCCAAAGGUUGUCAAAAUGAAACCAGACAAGCAUUUGGCAAAAACUCCUUUUAUGUGUAAAGAAUGUGGAAGAUAUUUUAGCCUAAAUUCAGCUCUUGGCACACAUAUGCGAUGGCACAGGGACAAAAAAUUUGCCAAAUUUCUGUCAAAGAGCUAUAAGAAAUGCUCAAGAACUGUGAGAAGUGUGGAUGGUGGACCUUAUUUAUGCAAUUUAUGCGGAAAAGGAUUCUUUUACCUUUGUGUUCUUCGGCGGCAUCAGAAACGUCAUCCCCCCAUGAAGAAUCAACUCCAAAAAGAGGAAGAAGCUGAAACUGCUGAAUCAGAUGGCAAUUUUACAUGUCCAGAUUGUCAAAUGUAUUUCUCAAGUGGGUCUCUUCUAACAACUCACUUUGAAAACCAUCACAGCAAGCAGGCCAAGACUGAGAAACCACAGUCAGACAUACUGCCUACUGAGGAGUCAGGUCCACCUAUCAAACAACCUUACACACCCAUAAUGGAUAUCACCAAACAAGAGAAGACCAAUGCGCAAUACCAUCAGUGCUCUCACUGUGCUAAGAGAUUCUUGAAUGUACGUGGUCUUCGUGCACAUAUAUGGCAGAAACACCUCAAGGUUGAAGGACAGCCCACUGCAUCUCCUGAAGAGCACCCAAAUGUUGUUAAUUGCUCUGCAUGUCAUAAGCCCUUUGCUUCUGAAUGGGCCGUUCAGAAUCAUAAAAGGUUUUGCAGGGCCAAUAACAGAGACCUGAAGCCAUUUAUGGAAGAGGAACCAGCACAGCACAGUCAAAAUGUAGAACUUUCUGCCAAAUGUAUUUUCAAAUGUGAUAAAUGUGCGAAAGCUUUUCCUAGUGAGGAGAAGUUAAAUGCACAUAAAGAAGUGGCAAAGACCCGACCACACUGUUGUGCUCUUUGCUGCCGUGGAUACUGGACUGAAAGCCAGCUACAGCAGCAUCUUGCAUGGCACGAUGAAGUUCGCCGGCGUCUCCCAACUGAACUGCGAUACAGACUCAAUGCUACCAUGCCACCUGGGCCCUCAGACAAACUGCAUGCUUUAUUGCAAACAUCCACAUCCAUGGUCAAGCAGCCUGUAGGCCUCGCAAAUCCACAACCUAAGAGCCAUAUAUGUCAGCGUUGUGAGAAAACAUUUUUGUCACAACGAGCGUUGCAGCAGCACCAAGUUGUUCACCAAACCGAGGAACCAUACCAUUGUUCUCUGUCUCCACAGACAAAUAGUGAUGUCAGAGAUCUUGUUGAUCACCCUCAUGAGGGUUUGGGUGAUAAAGAGGUAGAGGGCAGUAAAUUAGUGUCCCAGGGAAGUGGUGCUGAAAACCUGACUUGCAUUGAGUGUGGAAUUUCCUUUAAACAGGAAAUGGAACUGCAUCAACAUUACAUUAAACAUGCACGUGGAGAGUUCUAAAACUUGUAUGUUUGUGGAAAAAAUAUAAAGAUGCUGAUGAUUACUGAUAUUUGUUUCUGGCUCAUAGUACUCUAUGUAUUACACUGAUUUAUUUUAGCACUCUCUUAGAGUUUUGUUUGUUACUGUGAAUGAGGAGUGUCACAGUACAAACAUGUCCUUUAAACAAAACAAUGUGUUGUAAUUACAUACUUAAAAGCUGUAAAUUAGUGUUAUUACCUUUAAAUCUAUACAAUGCAGCUGGUACACUUGAAUCAAUGCUGGUUUCACUGUCAAUACGUACAACUAAGGGACACAUUUGGAACACAUUUGUUGUAUUUAGACCUUUUUUUCCACAAAGGGGUUUUUCUUUUAAUCAGAUUUAUUCCCCUUUUUGUUGGCCUCUAAUUCAGAGUUGCUCUAUUACUUUCUUGUCACCCUGUUCUUUAAAAGAGUACUUGGGUAAUUUAAAAUUAAACUGCCUAGGUGUUUGUUAGAUAUUCAUUGUUAAUGUUAUAAAAUGUUGUUGGGAGAGUAAACAAUUUUUUUGACAAGCAUUAUAGCCCAACUGAAUCCCUAUGUUUGGUGAUGCUAGAGUUUGAUUUGUGAUCGUACAGCUUGUCUUUUCAUUGGUUAUACCAAAACUAUUGACCAUUUGACAAAUUGACCAUUUUUAUGUUAUCAUUAUUGUUAUACUUUGUCCUUAACAUUUUCAUAACAUUUAAUUAUGGUUUGCAUUUUAAAAACAUUUUACUUCUUUCCACAUUUGAAAACAUAUGUAGUGUUUCUCUUGAAAAUGUGACUGUACAGAGAUUUCUUUUUUCUUGUUAGAUAUAACGCCAAUCUUCUGUAUAUAAUGCUGAUUCUAGUUCUUUAAAGUCAUAUUAAUGUAAUUAUUAAGAAUGUAACCUGGUCAACAGUGAUAUUGAAUUGAACAUACAGUGAUAUCAUUCCAUUCCAUUUUGUUUAAUCUUGGGUGUGUGGUCACUAGUAAGAAUCAUCCAAGCAUGAAACAUUACAUUGCUUGAAUAGGAAUUAAGUGUGCAUGUGUCCAGAGGAAAGGAUGCUUCUAAGCCACAAAAAAAAGAAUGUGGCACAAGACAGCAUGCAACUGCAUUAUAUAGGUUUGUUGCUAAUCAAGUGAAGAGAAACAUCAGUUUUCAAUAAUUCUUUGCUGAAUGUAAAUGUAAAGUUUUGCAAUGUAAACGUUUGGAUGUUCUUAACAAUGAUCAGAUAACACUCAAUGGGCCAUAUUUGUGAAACAUGAGUGAAAUUUUUUUGUGUAAAUGCAUUCUUGGGUAAAUUGUCCUAUUGAAUUUAAUGGGACCGUUUAACUAAGAAUAAUUCUACUAACAAUUUACAAAAAAAAAAAAAAUUCUGCUUGUGUUUCAUGAAUAAUCCUAAUGUGCAAAUGUCUAAAUGUUACAUUUUUACUUGACAGAUACCUGCAUUGAUGUAUCAUCAAACUACGGACCUCAAGAUUUUUUUUAUUUUAUUAUUAUUAUUUUUAUUUUUUUUAUAUAUAUAAUGUACUUGAGCUGUGACCCUUUUUAAACCUGGUCUCAAAGUAUCCUUCUCAAAAUACUGUACAUGUCCCCCUGUUUGCUGAUAAAUGUGUACUUAAUGCCUUAAAGACUACUUAUUUUUGUGGCAAACAUUUUCUCAAUAACUAGGAGAUGUUUUCUUUUGCUCUUGGUAAGGUUGAAUGUACUUUCUCUAAACUGAUUUUGUCUCAAAUUUAACAUGUAGGUAAAUCCAUUUUAAAAGCAGUGGAUGUAGAUAUUAUUUGAACUGAGAAAUUGUCAAAAUUAUAGAAAUAAAUAAAUAGUUAAAAUUUCAGUGAAGUACUGUCUGUUCAUUAUAUUUCCUUGUAGGUGGGAAAUGCAUGUAAUGUUCAUGUUGAUGUAGCCAUAGCCUAUUUAAUCCCUCCCUCCAUUUGAAAAUGAAUAUGUAGGAUAUAUGAAAGUUUGUAUGCAUAUGUUUUACAUGAAUGGUGUGAAUUUUGAAAACAGUGGUGGUAUAGAAAUUAUGGUUCUACAUAUCGCUCAACCUUGCUUAUUAAAUAAUUUGUCUUAUUUAACUUUCAGCUAGUCUGCUUACUGAGUGACUGACUGCAUAUAUGACUAUUCA